AUUGGCCACCAAAAGUUAAACUGUUGAAAACUUUUAGUUUGGCCACACAAUCAUAAUCUGCCCAUCUUGCUUUCAUGAUGCAAUUAUAUGUCUAUGGCAAGGUUUUCUUACAUGUUUUUUUCAUAACUGUCGAAUAUCAAGAAUAUGGCUGUAUAUUUAUUUGUACACACAUAAUGAACCCUAUAUUUUUGCAUUCAUAAAGUAGCAAGGUGUGAGCUCAAUAAUAUGACCGCAUUGCUUUAAAAAGGCACUGCAAGGAUAUUGGUUUGGUUUUCAUAUCAUCGUUGCAAUCUUUCAAAAUAAUUUGGUAAUCGUUUGACACCAGUACACCUAUUAUGACACAUACAUUGUUUAGAGACCAAUGGAGGGCCAUCUGUUGAGAAGUUUGAAAGAUAGGCGUAUUAGAUAUUCUUUACGGCUUCGAAAGAUGUUCUUGGACUUGGAUAGAAUAACCAGACUAUGGUUUCCGACCAAAGAACGGGUGAGUAUACAUCACGCACAUUUCCAUCAUUUGGACCUUUCAAGUUAUCGUUUUGCACAAUUUGGUAUUGUACAAUUAUGUGUCAAUUGCAUGAGUUGAUUCAACGGAUUUAUUUCACAAUUUUAUGAACCCUCCAUCCACAGAAAUGUCCCUUGCUUUAAGCUCUACCAUUGAAAACGUUCUGUCGCUCUUUGGCAGUCUGCUCCGAGCCAUUCGGCUGGCAACAUGCAUCAGCCUCAAGGAAGCCCAACUCUGCAUUCGGACUGUGGGGCCGUGGGUCUGACCUUGGGGACGCGGAACCUUAAGGGUUAGGGUUAGAGCCACAGCCACCGGCUCAAAGCACCCCACACCAAAACACACACAAAACCAUUCAGAAUCAGGCUCAGUUAGCGUGAAGGUCCUGGUAUAUGUCCACUCAUGUUAAAAGAUGAAUAUCUUGAAUAUCUGCCUGAAUUCAAUAUCUGCCUGAAUUCAAUAUCUGAAAAUUGAAGGUCCAUCAUCAAAUUUAUUUAACGAGAUAUACUCAAAGAAUAGCUACCUCGGAGGAAAUGGUACAGCUCAGAAAUGUAUUUUCUCGCGGUACAUGAUUGGACCACCCUUUAUUAACGCCAUCAUUUCAGGCCCAUGUCCACCUCUGCGCUCAGAUUGCCUCGGUAUCUCAACACAUAUCGUGGACAUGGUACAAUCACAAACUGGAAUUUUACAGCUGUGAGUCAGAGACUGAAGCAGCAGCAAUCGUCCGUUUGCUUAGACCCAAAAGAAUGUAGGCGCUUGUACCGGCAGGCCCUCAACGUCACAGGUAUCACACCUUCCCUGCAAGGUGAAAGGAAGUUGGGGAACAGUGCUGCUUAGAGACGCCAUAAUAGACUACUGUAACUCCUUACAGGACAUUUCCAGGGAUGUUAAAAUGCCCAAAUUUCUGUUUUCAAAGUUUCGUCUCCAUAAAAUUAAGGAUCUAAUGCAAAAUGUGAAGAAGCCCAGAAGAAGUGAUAUUGUUCUUAAUCGAAGUGGGCGUAAAAAGGACAUCCAGUGCCGCAUGGGACAAAGAAUAAAUGAUGCGACAUAUCCUCCAAAACCCAGUUGGCUGACUGAUCAUAAACUUCAACCGACUCUGGAAAAAAUGCUACAUGAUAAAAAAUAUUUAGCAGCAUUCCGCAGCUUCCUGCAGUCUGAGUUCAGUGAAGAAAACCUUGAGUUCUGGCUCGCAUGUGAAGACUUUAAGUCGACCGCUUCACCGGAAGACCUUCAUUGGAAAGCAGAGGGGAUCUACCAGGAGUUCAUCCAGCCUCUGGCCUCCAGAGAGAUCAAUGUUGAUCACCACAUUAAGGAGAAGAUCAAGAAGUCUUUGGAGAAGCCGAACCUCUCCUGCUUCGAUGAGGCCCAGAAGCACGUUUACCUGCUGAUGGAAAGAGACUCUUGCCCCAGAUUCCUGCACUCUGAUGCCUACCUGAGUCUAAAGUACAAAUCCAGGAGUCGUUGGUACAUUUAGCUCAGAACACAGUAUCAAAAGGGUUUUUCUAAUCCCGACGGUUUGUCUCGUCUCGCUAUUUGGCUGAAUGGAAAAUGUAUUUCACCCUGCAUGAAAAGCUUGGAUCAAAACCCUUCUUUUAAGGGCAGGGAAUCUCUUUGUUAUGAAAAGAAAUGUUCUGCCAUAAUGCAACACUGACUUCAUAUAUGAUAGUAAGAGGAUGUUUUGAUGAAAUGUUGUGGGAAAAAAUAAAGCAGGAAAAGAGAAAAGUAAUGUGAUUGAGGGAAAAAUGUAUAUGUACGUAGGGAGGAAAAGAAUGGCGUUGGUAUGUGUCAGUACUUGUUGAUGAUUGUGAAGAGUUUUGGAGUUGUUUGAACGAAAAGUCUGAAGAAGUUAAGGUGCAGAGUAAAGUAUGAUGAAAUGGUUUGCUGUCACAUAAUAAAUGACCUGGCUUUUUAUUAAUAUGCAUGUUA